GAAUCAUUGCCCCGCAAAAUUUAAUUAACUGCACAAAACGGUUUUUAUUGCAGUGCCGGUGGAGGUGUGCAGCUUAAAAAACCAAUUUCAUAUUUCUAUUCGUAGCAGCCGAAAUGCAGAAGGUUCUACUGCUGCUGGCCACUUGCCUGGCCUUGGCCGUGGCCGAUUCCAACUCGCGUUUGCUGCGAGUGCCGCUAAAUAGAUUCCAGUCGGCCCGCAGACAUUUCGCCGAUGUUGGUACAGAGCUGAAACAAUUGCGCAUUAGAUAUGGAGGAGGCGAUGUGCCCGAACCCCUGUCCAACUACAUGGAUGCCCAAUACUACGGACCCAUAUCGAUCGGAUCUCCGCCGCAAAGCUUCAGGGUGGUCUUCGACACCGGCUCAUCGAAUCUGUGGGUGCCGUCCAAGAAGUGCCAUCUGACCAACAUUGCCUGCCUGAUGCACAACAAAUAUGAUGCCAGUAAGUCGUCGACCUACGCCAAGAACGGAACCACCUUUGCCAUCCAGUACGGCUCGGGCAGUCUUUCCGGCUACCUAUCCACCGACACACUAUCGAUGGGUGGCCUGGACAUCAAGGGUCAGACAUUUGCUGAGGCACUGAGCGAGCCCGGUCUGGUGUUUGUCGCUGCCAAGUUCGACGGCAUUCUCGGACUCGGCUACAGCUCCAUCUCUGUGGAUGGAGUCAAGCCUCCAUUCUACAAAAUGUACGAACAGGGCCUGAUCUCGUCGCCUGUGUUCUCCUUCUACUUGAAUCGAGAUCCGGCUAGCCCUGAGGGUGGUGAAAUCAUUUUCGGUGGCUCCGAUCCCAAGCACUACACCGGAGACUUCACCUACUUGCCCGUCACCCGCAAGGCCUACUGGCAAAUCAAAAUGGACUCGGCCGCCAUUGGCGAUCUGGAGCUGUGCAAAGGUGGCUGCCAAGUAAUUGCCGACACUGGCACCUCUCUCAUCGCCGCUCCCAUGGCUGAGGCGACCUCGAUCAAUCAGAAGAUUGGUGGCACCCCCAUUAUUGGUGGCGAGUAUAUCGUUUCCUGCGACUUGAUCCCCAAACUGCCGGUCAUCAAGUUCGUGCUGGGUGGCAAAACCUUUGAGCUGGAGGGCAAGGACUAUAUUCUCCGUGUGGCCCAAAUGGGCAAAACCAUUUGUCUGUCUGGUUUCAUGGGCAUUGACAUCCCCCCACCAAAUGGACCGCUCUGGAUUCUGGGUGAUGUCUUCAUUGGCAAAUACUACACCGAGUUUGACAUGGGCAAUGACCGUGUGGGCUUUGCAGAUGCUAAGUGAACAAUUAAAUACAUUAUACUCCAACACUAAAGUGUACUUUAUAGCGCCCUCAAUUGGGACUUUUCCUCGAUUGAAAUCGUGAAAUAAAUAUUACCUUAUGUA